AUGGCUUUGAAGUUGACACUACUCUUAGCUCUCCCGAUGAUUGCUUUGGUAGCAAUACUCCCAACAGGAGAAGCGCAAUUGGGAGGAUUAGGAGGGCUAGUACCGACUAUUCAAGUCCAAGGGAAGCUUUACUGCACCGUGGAUGGCAAUAUGAGGGGUUCCCAAAACCCGCCUUUUCCUAAUGCAGCAAUAAAUGUAAUGUCCGGUGGAAAUGUGGUGUCAACCACGAUCACAAAUGAGAAUGGAGAAAUUAAUUACCGGCAGGCUCAACCAUUGAUUGGUGAUUUGAAGGCAGAAGGCUACCUCUUUGUAACCCCUCCACUUUCAACUUGCAACGCCAGUUUGCCUUCAACUGGAAGGCUUGUAUCAUCCAUGAGUUACACCGGAAACAACGUUGUUGGCGGUCUCAAUAUCACCAACCUCGUUCCGACUGGAUUCCAGCUUAUGAACAUCUAA